AUGGCCACGGCCGUGCGGCCCAGUGAGGCCAUUGGCUGGCAAAGCCUUGCACACAUCUACUGCAUGAACCUAGACCAUCGACCUGAACGAUGGGAGUUCAUGCAGCGGCAGUUUCAGCGGCUGCGAAUGCCUGUGGAGCGUUUCAGUGCCGUCAAUGGGCGCGAUUUGGAUGUUCCAGACCUGGCCAUGAAUGGCAUCAUCUCGAUGGAGGCGCUGCCUCGCUACUACUUGCCAGAUGAGCAGAAGCUCUUUGGCACUGAUCUCACUGCGGGCGCCAUUGGUUGCGCGCUAUCCCACAUGCUCAUUUGGAGGGACAUCGUCCAGAAGUGUGCAGAAGAUGGAGUGGAUCCACGGGCGCCUUUUCUGGUCAUCGAGGACGACUGCGAGUUUGCGCAGGGCUUCUCAGAAGAAGUGCUCCUCGAACGGCUGUCUCAUGUGCCUGAGGAUUGGGAGAUCGUUUACCUUGGUGGUCAAGACCUUCUCCGAAGGCAGCAUCUUUACGAGGUGGGUAGAGGCGUCCGGCGGCUGUACAAGGGCUUCCGCGAGACAACUGCCUACGUCAUUAACGAUGCCGGAGCGAAGGCAUGCUUAGAAGUCAGCGUGCCUUUGUACUGGCAGAUCGACACCCACAUGAACGACGAGUCUCUUCGCGAAGGAUUGAAGCCUCCGAAGCCGGGACAUGCGGAUCAUACUAUGCACCCAAGAGGCUACUUCCUCUGGCCAGGAAUUGUGGCUCAGCAGCGGGAUGGCUUCCCCACCGAUGUGCAAAAGGUUGAGCACGACUGA